GAGAGGAAUCGGCAGUAUGGACACGCGCAUGCGCGUGCCGACGACGCUACAUGGCAGGCCGGGCGGGGGAGGAAAGGCCUGAGCAGGCGGAAGAGAUCGGUUUGCAAGAUGGCGGAGGAAGCGGAAGGGCCUCUAAAGCGGCUCCUGGUGCCUUUUCUUCUGCCCGAGAAAUGCUACGAUCGGUUUUUUGUUAACUUGGAUUUGCUCGACGUUCCCUGCCUCAAGAUACUAAUCAGCAAAGGCCUGGGGCUCGCCAUUGUUGCUGGAUCAUUGCUAGUGAAACUACCUCAGGUGUUUAAAAUUCUGGGGGUGAAGAGUGCAGAAGGACUGAGCCUCCAGGCAUUUCUUCUAGAACUGGUGGCCUUGACUGGGACCAUAGUCUAUAGUGUGGCCAACAGCUUCCCGUUCAGCUCUUGGGGUGAAGCCUUGUUCUUAAUGCUACAGACCAUCACCAUCUGCUUCCUGAUCCUACACUACAGAGGACAUACCAUGAGAGGUGUGGCCUUACUAGGCAUCUAUGUCCUGAUCCUGCUGUUAUUGCUCUCACCCCUGAUGCCCAAGGCUGUGGUCACCCUGCUUCAGGCCACCAACAUGCCUGCUGUGAUCAUGGGGAGGUUACUUCAGGCAGUCACCAACUACAGAAACGGUCACACGGGGCACCUGUCGGCAGUCACUGUCUUCUUACUCUUUGCUGGCUCUCUUGCCCGAAUCUUCACCUCUAUCCAGGAAACAGGUGACCCCCUCAUGGCUAUGACUUUUAUCGUCUCCUCCAUCUGCAAUGGCCUCAUUGCCUUCCAGCUCCUCUAUUACUGGAAUGUCAGGAUUCCUCACAAAUGGGAAAAGAAGCAUCAGUAGUGUCUGGGAUGCCACUUCCCUGCCAGAACAGUAUCUCAAAGGGCCCAGUUUGAACUUCAUUCCUUUUCCUUUGGUCUUCUUGACCUGGGUUCCUCCCACCCCCAAAAUUGAAAUCCUUUUUUGUUUUGGAGCUGUGCUCCUCCCCACCCCUUUAUUCCACUCUAUAUUGAUGUGGUAACUUUUUUUUUUUUUAGAUUAAAUGGCAGUCCCCAGAAUUCCCUGUCCUCCCCUCACUCCCCCGUAGCUUUUUGUUCUCGACUGUGUUGGGGAGCUUCCAAGAGAAGGUUUAGGGGCAGCUAGAUGGCACAGUGAGUAGAGAACCAGCCCUGGAGUCAGGAGGACCUGAGUUCAAAUCCAACCUCAGACACUUGACGCAUUAGCUGUGUGACCUUUUCCAAGUCACUUAACCCCAAUUGCCCUGCCUUCCCCCCUCCAAAAAAAAAAAGAUUUAUAAACCAAGAGAAGGUUUAGCCCUUAGAGCAUCCACUGCUAAAGAGGGAUUGUGACCUGGGGAUUGGGAGGAAGGUAGCAAAUGAAGACAUGGGACCUCAUUAGUGGUGGCUUUGGACUAUGAGGAUGUCAGCUGUGGCUUAUUAACUAGUUUUGUACCUGUGGUCCUAAUUAUUCAUCACCAGGAUAGGAUCUCUGGCUUCUUGGCAGAACUCAAAGGGAACUUUGUUCCUCCUUUCCAUUUGAUUCCUAAAUAUGUUUCUUCCCUCUCAAUCCUAGAAGGUAUCUCUUCUUGCACGGUCCCCUUCAAACACCCUCUCCCCAUUAGGGUACUCAAAGGGGCAUGGGCCCAGGAAAUGAAGGAAGGUGGCACCUGCAGACUAAUACAGGCAGUAACUAAAGACGUGGAAAGAAACAGCUGACCAGAACCUGAGCUAAAGCUGUCUUCUUCAGGUGGGAUUCUCUAGUCUGACUCUAACCUUUGACCCUUAGGGCAGUCUCCAUCUGUAUAGGACUCCUCCCUAUCCCCAAGUCUUAGGUGGAGAAACAGAUCUGGGCCCUGCUGAUGAUCCCCUGGGUUGGUGAAGCUGUAGAGGGAAUCAAAAAGUGGGGCCAAAACUCAAAGUCUGAAUUUAAUCUUACAAAACAUAGAAUAUAUAAAAAUUUGUAUCUUCAAUACAAAAAUAA